AGAAUGCAUAGAAAAUUAAAGUGGUGAAGAGAGAGAUGAGAGGUGUAAUACCAAACUAUCAUCACUCUUACACCUUAUUCUUUUUCGUUAUAUUGGUUCUGUUUCCUCAUGUGUUCUCGACCAAUACUUUGUCACCUAACGAAGCUCUUACAAUAUCAAGCAACAAAACCCUUGUGUCUCCCGGUGAUGUCUUCGAGCUUGGCUUCUUCAAAACCACCACAAGAAACUCUCCAGAUGGUACUGAUCGUUGGUAUCUCGGUAUUUGGUACAAGACAACCUCUGGUCAUAGAACAUAUGUUUGGGUUGCCAACAGAGACAACGCUCUUCACAACUCCAUGGGGACACUCAAAAUCUCUCACGCUAGCCUCGUCCUCCUUGACCAUUCUAAUACUCCUGUAUGGUCAACGAACUUUACGGGAGUUGCGCAUUUACCAGUUACGGCAGAGCUUCUCGCUAACGGCAACUUCGUGCUUAGAGACUCCAAAACCAACGACCUAGACCGGUUCAUGUGGCAGAGCUUUGAUUAUCCGGUGGAUACUUUGCUCCCGGAGAUGAAACUUGGUCGGAACCUCAUCGGUUCAGAAAACGAAAAAAUCCUCACAUCUUGGAAAAGCCCUACUGAUCCAUCAAGUGGAGAUUUUUCGUUCAUACUCGAAACCGAAGGGUUUUUACAUGAGUUUUAUCUACUGAAGAAUGAGUUCAAAGUGUACCGAACCGGUCCUUGGAACGGAGUCCGGUUUAACGGCAUACCAAAAAUGCAAAACUGGAGCUACAUUGAUAACAGUUUCAUAGAUAACAACGAGGAAGUCGCGUACAGUUUCCAAGUCAACAACAACCACAACAUCCACACAAGAUUUAGAAUGAGUUCCACAGGGUACUUACAAGUAAUCACAUGGACUAAGACAGUACCGCAACGUAACAUGUUUUGGUCGUUCCCGGAAGAUACAUGCGAUCUGUACAAAGUUUGCGGUCCUUACGCUUACUGUGACAUGCACACGUCGCCUACGUGUAACUGUAUCAAAGGCUUCGUUCCCAAGAAUGCUGGAAGAUGGGAUUUGAGAGAUAUGUCAGGUGGUUGUGUGAGGAGCUCGAAGCUAAGCUGUGGAGAGGGAGAUGGGUUUCUGCGGAUGAGUCAGAUGAAGCUACCGGAGACAAGCGAAGCGGUUGUGGACAAGAGGAUCGGGUUGAAGGAAUGCAGGGAGAAGUGUGUUAGAGAUUGUAACUGUACCGGGUAUGCGAAUAUGGAUAUCAUGAAUGGUGGGUCGGGAUGUGUGAUGUGGACCGGAGAGCUCGAUGAUAUGCGGAAGUACAAUGCUGGAGGUCAAGAUCUUUAUGUCAAGGUAGCAGCUGCUAGUCUUGUCCCCUCGUAGACAUGUAUCCAAUAAUAUGCGAGAUUUUUAAAAAUAUUUGUAUCGAUUGAAAGUAUCUAAAAAUAAAUAAUAUGAAACCCUUAUUAUUAUC